CAGGCGGGGACAUCUUCGUCCUCCUCAUCUUUCGAUCCGUCAACAAGACCACUGACAAAGAAACCAGUCCCGGAGAAUACUUGAUACACGGAAUGGGUAAAGGAUGUCAAACGUAACGGUGCUCACUUUCUUUUACCUAACAGGACUGAGUCAUAUGACGACAAAUCUGCGACUUCUUCUGUUUUGCGUCACGCUGUUGUGCUACUGUGUGAUUCUGCUGGUCAACGGCGUCCUUAUCGUCACCAUCGUACUGGAGAAAAAACUCCACGAACCCAUGUACGUUUUCCUGUGCAAUCUAUGCGUUAAUGCCCUGUAUGGGACGGCGGCUUUUUACCCCAAAUUCCUGUAUGAUCUCUUGUCUGACAGCCACACGAUAUCUUAUUUUGGGUGUUUGUUGCAGCUCUAUGUCAUCUAUUCCUACGCAGCGACAGAGUUCAGCAUUUUAGCCGUGAUGGCUUACGACCGAUACGUGGCCAUAUGUCGACCGCUGGAGUAUCACUCUGUCAUGACUAAAACUUGGGUGGUGUUUUUGGUGGCCUUCUCCAGACUUGUACCUCUGUUCAGCCAAAGUAUAACAUGGGUAUUGACCUCCAGACUGCAGCUGUGCGGCUCCUACAUACAGAAACUGUACUGCGAGAACUGGUCCAUCCUGACACUGUCCUGCAAUUCCAUAACAACCCACAGUACUGUCGGUUUCACUUUUAUCAUGUUCUACUUGGGAUACGAUAUUUUCAUCUUCUGUUCCUACGUCCAGCUGAUUAAGUUAGCCCUGAGGUCCAAAGAGGGCAAGAAGAAGUUCUCGCAGACGUGUGUGCCGCAUCUGCUGUGUUUGCUGAACGUGUCCGUGGCUUUGCUCUUUGACCUCAUGUACACGCGGUACGGAUCCAAAUCCAUGGAUCAGAGUGUGAGGAACUUCAUGGCCAUCCAGUUUCUCAUGAUCCCACCUUUACUCAACCCUAUUAUUUACGGCCUUAAAACAUCAAGGGUUCGCAAUAACAUUCUGAAAUAUUUUACAAAGAAAAUGGUGGUUUAAAUGAAGGGAAUUGCUGACUGUUUUUGUGUGUAUUACAGAUGAACAAUAAAGAGGGUCGGUCUGAUAAAUGUUUUGU